CACAAUUUGAUUCGCGUAUUCUACGACACGUUUAAGAAACAAACAUGUGUUGUUAACCUCAAAAUAUGUUAUGCUUUUUUUUAUCUGGAUAAGAAGAAUUUUGAUUCUGUGAAAAAAAUAAGACGUAUAAAGGGUACAUUCAUAGAUAAUACAUAAUUAUAUUCUAUGGACAGAAGUCGAUGGUUAAUUACAAUAAUCAAGAGAUGUUUUUGGACACAACAUUGCUUUUACAAUAAUACAAUGACUUCUUUGCUGGUUCCUCAUGAAUCAGUGCGAGGAAUGACAUGCUUGAAUCGUGAAGCAUUUAAAACCACUGUAGAAUUAUCAUGUUUAAAAUAUAGUAAGAUUAACAUUUCCAAAAUAAAACCAAUUCUGAAAAAAUAUGUUUUUAAAACAAGAAACUUUAAAUCAAUUCAAAAAGAGAAAGAUGAAGUUACAGUGUAUCUAAACCCGUUUAUCAUAAAAUGUUUCAAAGAUUUUAUGGAAAAUGAAAGAGAAUAUUUAGAAGGAUAUGUAUAUUUUGGAACAACAAAAGUUGUUUUGAAUUAUGACAACUGGACUGCAUACGACAUGUUAAAAGCUAUUUUGCCUGAAGGAAUUGAUAUCCCAACUUCAUAUAGUUUGAUAGGUCAUAUUCUACACUUAAACUUGCGUGAUGCACAUUUACCAUAUAAGAGUAUUAUUGGUCAAAUUUAUCUUGAUACUAUUCCAAAUGCCAAAACAGUAGUAAAUAAAAUUAACAAUAUUGAUACAGCAUUUAGACAUUUUAGUAUGGAAAUCCUAGCAGGAGAUAAGAAUACUGUUACAACUGUAAAAGAACAUGGUUGUACAUAUGAAUUAGAUUUCUCUCAAGUUUACUGGAAUUCUCGAUUAUCUACAGAACAUUCAAAUUUGAUUACAUUUAUGAAAGAAAAUGAUGUUUUAUAUGAUGUGUUUGCUGGAGUUGGGCCAUUUGCAGUUCCUGCUGCUCGAAAAAAAAUUGAAGUACUUGCAAAUGAUUUGAACCCUGAAGCUUACAAAUGGCUUCAGAAAAAUAUUACAAUUAAUAAAGUUCAAGAAAAGAUUAGAUCUUUUAAAACUGCAGCCUUAAUUGUAAUAGGAGAUGAAAUUUUACGUGGACAGGUUGUAGAUACAAAUACCUCGUAUUUGGCAAAAUCUUUACGAACUGUUGGUAUUAAGCUUCAAAAAGUAACUGUGAUCCCUGAUAUUGUAGAUGAAAUUGCUAAGACUGUGUACAAUGAUUCCAAAGAAUAUCCUAUUGUAUUUACAUCUGGUGGUGUUGGACCUACACAUGAUGAUGUAACAUAUGAAGCUGUAGCUAAAGCUUUUGAAUUAAAACUUGAAUCACAUGAAGAGUUAAUUGAUAUCUGUGCAAAUAUCUAUCCAAAUGAAAAAGAAGCUGAACGUCUUACUAUUGUACCAAGACCUUGUGAACUCAUUUAUGCUUAUUCACCAAAAAAAUAUGCAGUUGUGAAAGCAAAAAAUGUAUACAUAUUACCAGGUUCCCCAAAAUAUUUUGAAGGUGCUAUUGAUGUUAUUAUAUCACAAUUAAAAGGGAAUAUUCCUUUACACAUUGAAGAGAUAGACAUUAAUUUGAAUGAAUUAUCAAUAGUAAAAAUUUUGGAUAAGCAUGCAGAGCAUUGGAAAGGAAAAGUUAAUAUUGGUAGUUAUCCACAAACAGCACCUGAAUGCUUCACAAGAAUUAGUUUAGAAGGGAAGAAGGAAGAUGUUUUAAAAGCAAAAGUAGAACUUUUGUACAAUUUACCAAUUCAAAAAAUUCGACAGUUAGAUGAUAAAUUCAGUUAUUAUCAUGCAAAAAUGGUUUUUGAAGAUGCUGAAAAUCAACCUCAUAUAAAAAAUGCAUUGAAUAUCUUACAAAAGUGUUAUAAAAUGUACAAACCAGAAGAAAUUUUUAUAAGCUUUAAUGGUGGGAAGGAUUGUACAGUAGUUUUGCAUUUGACAGCUUGUGUUGCAAAAUUACAAAAUAUUUCAUCAUUGUUAUGUCUAUAUGUAACAGCUGAGCCUUUUCCAGAGGUGGAUUCUUUUGUAGAAAAAGCUGCUCGGUAUUACGAUUUAGAAUUAAUAAAGAAAAGAUUCCCAAUACAGCAAGCAUUGCAUUCGUUGUUAAGUGAACGAAAAAAUUUAAAAGCAAGUCUUAUGGGAAUGAGGAGCGGCGAUCCUGGUUCUGAAAAUGUAGAGGCUUUCACUCCAACUGAUCCAAGCUGGCCAAAAUUAAUUCGUGUAAAUCCUAUUUUAAACUGGUCAUAUGAUCAAGUUUGGAAAUUUUUACUGAAGCACAAUGUACCUUAUUGUCCACUAUAUGAUCAAGGAUACACAAGCUUAGGAAGAAAAUCAACUACAGUACCAAAUCCAAGAUUACGAGAUCCUAACAAUCCAUCAUCGUAUCUACCAGCCUAUACCUUAGCUGAUGAAUCUGCUGAGAGACAAGGCAGAGUAUAAAUUAAUGAAAAUUUAAGAAAAUUAUAAAGUUCGACAGUAUUUGCAAUUGUUAUGCUGCUAGGAAAUAUUAAAAAAAGACAAAAAUGUUUUACAUUU